CAGGAUGAAUUAUUGGGGUUUGGUUCUCAGCACUUAUAAAUACCCCCCUCAGCCUUAGAUAAAGUUAGCUACACCGAGGAAGGAUUGAAGAUAGCAGGUGAAGUGCAGGGAGUGAGAAAAUGCAGGCCAACGAGAUCAAAUCCAUAGAGAUCAGCCUUAGCAAGGACCUGACAGCGGCAAACUACGUGAGCAAGAUCGAGAGGAUGCGUCAGGACUUAGCAGAGACUUGGACACGCAAUCGUCCUGUAUGUACCACUGUACUCGACGAAAAGGAUCCUGAUUUUGUGAAGAAGCUCACUUGGUACGACAUUGUACUGGUUUUCAAUGAUGAGAAGGGUAAGGUGACUAAGGUCAGGCUGAGGAUCCGACGCGACCAGCUCUACUUUCAGGGCUUUCGCGUGAACGACGCCGGUAAAUGGUUCGAGCUGGGAGAUAAGCACCUGAUCGAUAAAGAUUCAACACUUCUUGGUAUCGGGCAUAACUACACUGCCCUGUUACGCGCAGCUGGCUUCGACGCAACAGGAGGUCUUACUGAAGUCACCCUUGGGCGUGAGAAGCUCAUAAGCGCAGCACAAUGGCUUGCAAACCCACCAAACGUCAAGAAAAGAGCCGAAGCGCUGCUCAUUGUGAUUGUUAUGUUCUGUGAGUCUACGAGGUUUGUUCCGAUUAGUAGCUAUCUGAGGAGGACAUGGCAGCAAAGCCUGAAAGCCCCCGAAUGGCUCGAGAAACUAGUCCAUCGGUGGGGAGAGCUCUCUGGAUGUGUUUUGUUCUAUGAUGCUAAUCCUACCUAUAAAUGGGUUCCACAGAAAAUUGUGGUUGAGGGACCAGCACCGGAUUUUAAACCAGUAGAGGUUGUGGCUCAAACCGUCAAUGAACUGGUGGUAUAUCUUGGCAUACUGCAGAGGGAUCCGAAAACUAUCGUUCCUCCUAAGCCAUAGGAUGUGGCUGAGUGAUAUCCUAUGGAUUUUAGAAUAAUGCUAUGGAAUAAAUGUAAGCCUGCUAAGGUUUCUAUGGGUUCGGAGUAACGUUGUGCUCCGGGCGAAGUCUGAAGUCUGUAAUGGGCAACUAGUCUUGAUUAUGUCCAACAUUAUUGUAUGACCAGUUGUCCUUUCUUAUCUUUUGCAUGAAUAAAGUUAUGCUCACAGGUCUUUGAUCUGUUUGCUGUGUUUUUCCUUUC